AUGUCCGCCAACCACACCCCACGUUCGUCCUUCACUGAACAGCGUCCGCCACAAAGAACAACAUUCUUCGACCUCCCCUCCGAAAUCAGAAUUGAGAUCUACAAACUCGUCUUCGCCAACAUGGAACCCCGACCCCUCCGCAUCGAACACCGUCCCAAAUACGGCUGGGCUCUGUACAAUGGUCUCAAUUAUCACUACUUAUUCUCCCCAGCGACCAGCCUUCUCCAGACGAGCAAAAGAUUCUACCUCGACGCUGUCCCUACUCUCCACAGACUCUGCCGUCAUGGCCCCACUCUCGUAAUCGGAGUAGGGCAGAAAUCUUUUUACGAGAAGGACAUUAGAUGGGAGCUUCUCCGACAAGGUCGAAGUCUUCAACUAAGUCGUGUCCGCGACGCCCUGCCUCCGAUCCUGCGUGGAGCGAGACAGCGCCUGACGCUCGAGGUCGUCGUUCCACACGAUCCUGGCGAGCAGGUCCUCACUAUAGCUUUCUUGAAGUGGAUGCGGGCUGUCGUCAACACGGCGCCGUCACAUCCUGUCUACGGGGACAGCGAUUCACGACCAAGGGUGAGGGAGCUCCGUGUAAUUUUCCACACUCACGGGCGCGCUCACAGUCCAGCACCUGGCGUGGGGAUCUACGACGUUUUCCGCGGUUGGCGCUGCUGCAAUGUAGAAGCUGAAGUGGUGCGGAAAGGGGUCUGGCCGGACGAUGGUGCUUGGACCACUCAAUGGAUGACUCCUCAGGGACCGACUCAGAAGCAGUCUUGCAAAAGUGUGAUGAUGUCUGCUCCUGCGGAGGGUGGCGCGGAUAUGGAACGCAGCGAGGAAGAAGCCUGGCGGGAUUCAGAAGCAGCUCGCGUGCAGGCUACCGAGAAGUGGGCAUGGAGGGCAGCCGUUGCGUCGUUUAUGUUGGAGCCGGUGAAGUUGAGUGAUAUGCUGCGUUGGGCGCAAGGAUGA